UCUUCCUUUUCCUUCCUUUGUUUUUCUUGGCUUUUAUUUGUCUGGGUUUUUACCUCUUUUGUUUUAUCUAAUACUUCUUUAUUUAUGCAUCUCUUCUGCGUAGAUUAUAUACUUUGUGUUUUUUUUUUUUUUUGUUUGAUAAAAUUUAGUGGAUUUAGUUUGCUAAGAAAGUUUUCUUGUGUCUAUGAGGUUAUAGGAUUUGAAUAUGCUUGGAUUUGGAGCCUGGGAUGGUGGGUUGGAAUUUGCAUGUUUAGCUUAUUAAUGGGUUUUCUUUCUUUCUUUUUUUUUUUUUUUUGGGUUCAACUUUCAGUUCUCUCUUUGGAUUUUUUGUUGUGGGUUUUGCAUGCAUGAAAGACUUUUGAGUUUGAGAUUAUGUAGAAUUUAUGUGAGCAAGAAUCCAUUCAAAUUUAUCUACUCUUGUGUUAUUUGUUUUCCAUAUUAGGACAUCCUUGUUUUGGAUCUCUUUUUUGGGCUUAAUGGUCGAUAUUGUUUGAUGUUUUUUUUUUUUUUGAAGAACAUUAGUUGGUGUUCUUGUAUCAAACAAUUCGAUUUUAAUACAGGAACCUGAUUUUUCUGUUCAGUUAUUUACUGGUUUUCAAUAGUCUUCCCAUCCUCCUCCCACCACCCGCCAGAGCUUAACCCGGAAGAAAUGCUUAUGAUUUGAAGUCGCUGCAUUUGUUAUAAGUGAAAAUGGAAUGGUUUCUUUCGUCAUUUUUAUCAUAAUUUUUGUAUAAUAGUUUCCAUGCUGAGUGAGGCAUUAUCACCUCAAAACAAAAUUCAUUAGAAAUUUGUAGUCUAAUUAAUCAAUUUGAUGGCAUGAGUAAAUGGAACUUCAGACGAUGAACUGCAAUGGGGUGUGUGGGGUUCAUACGAUUUUCUAUUUAUUUAUACAAUAAUCCUUUACUUGGAAGUAAGUUUGUUUUGUAUAUUUUUUUAUGGCUCUGUGAAUCUGCUGGAGACUCCUAGCUAGCCUUCUUUUUCCACCUCUUGAUAUUUAUGUUUAAAUUUGGCAGUAUAACAUGUUUGCUUUUAAAGUCGAGUCGCUUUCUAUACUUGUUCCUCCUAAUCUGUUGAAGUCUACUUAAGUCAGUCUAAUAAAAUUUCCAAUACCUGGUGAAAGAAGGCUUGCAAUAAUUUAUUUCUAUCUUUUCUAAUUUAAAUAUCUAACACUGUGACGAUGUUUGGUUUGUUGCUAGGUCACUGAUGUGUGAACACACUAAAAUAUAGCAGCAAAUAUUUCCUCUUAAGGCUUAACAUUUUUAAAGAUCUAUCUGGGCUCCCUCAUAAGUCAGGAUACUUAGAAGUUUGAACAGUAGUUUGCCACAAUGCAAAACUUGCAUACAAGGGAUUCUGCUGUAAGUUCGCAUUCAACGUGCACAUAUCUUGUUGGCUGCUCAUCUUGGGACAACUCAACUGAAUCUCAUAUCCAGCAAUCAUCCAUGUCUGAAAGUUUAAGCCUCAAGAUGGGAGUUCUGCCUCAACAAUUUCAUAACACCAAGCAGCUAAAUUUUCAAUUCCAGGACCAGAACUCAUCAUCAACUCAAUCAACUGGUCAAUCUUACCCUGAAGUGGCUAGUGCUGGAGACAGCAAUCUUCGUUGGCAAAGUUUAAUUUCAGCGUCAUCAGGAGGUAAUGAAACUCAUGGGAAGCUUGUUGGAGGCCAUGUUAAAUUAGUCUCCUCAAUGGGAACUCAGGAAUAUAUCUUCCCUCCAUCACAAUAUAUCUUCCCUCCAUCACAAGUUGACUAUAGCAAAUCAAUUGCUCAUAUUCCACUCCAUUAUGCUGAGCCAUAUUUUGGUGGUGUAGUGGCUGCUGCUUAUGGACCACAAGCUGUGAUUCAUCAUCCUCAUAUGAUGACUGUGCUUCCUGCUCGAGUUCCACUGCCUCUGGAGCUUACAGAAGAUGAACCUAUUUAUGUUAAUGCAAAGCAGUACCAGGCUAUUCUCAGGCGAAGACAGUAUCGUGCGAAGCUUGAGGCUCAGAACAAACUUAUCAAAGUUCGAAAGCCAUAUCUGCAUGAGUCUCGACAUCUUCAUGCUUUAAAAAGAGCUAGAGGAAAUGGUGGGCGAUUUCUAAACACAGAGGAGCCCCAAGAAUCCAAGUGUAUCCCAACUAGCCAUGGACAGGACAUGACCAGGUAUCCACAGCUACAUUUGUCUGCAAACGUCACCAAAUCAGAAGUUCAUCAGCUGGAAAAUUACAACGAUGCUGUGUCCGCUACCUCUUGUUCUGAUGUCUCAAGUGCCUCCAACAGUGAUGAAAUGUUUCAGCAGCCAGAUUUCAGGUUCCCUGGCUAUCCUUCUCACAUUGGUGGAACCAUGCCAGGUCAUGCCGACGACAUGGAUGGUGGUGAAAACGUCCAUCAUCGUUCUGGUCUCUGCUGAUAGACAGAGAUAACAAAUUCUCAUCUGGGCAGUCCGUAUUUGGUGCUUCAAUGAAAAAUGCGGCUGCUUUGUUCCCAUGGGAAGUCAUCCUUGGCUCUAUUUAGUUUACUUCGCCUGUCAUCAAUGACUCUUUCAAAAACCAUGGACAUGGAGUUAUUUCUUGCUGAACCUUUAACUUACUGUUCAUCUUUUCGUUCAAGAGUUCGACUUUUGGUGAAUUGGUGAUUAGUGGAAUUGUUUAACAUAAAUGCAUGCCCUGGCAUCCAUAUUAAUUUUCAACUCCAUAUACCAACUCUGCAACAUUUAUGAAACGAAUAGCUCAAAUUCACACUACUUGAAUGGUUCCUGUUUGGGACAAAAAUUUCUAGUCAGUAACAGUGGUUUCAAGGUAAAAAUGCAAGUGAUUAAAUAUGAUAACAAAAGCUUGUAUGUUUUCUGGCCGGUAAAGGCUUGUAAUUCACACAACAUCAUCUUGUAGUGAAGGAAUAAGGGAUUUCAAUCUCAGUAAGCUCCUGGAAAUGCUUCAUUCUUAUAAGGUGAUGUGGUUUACCCAGCUGAAAGCGAAAGCAAAAGAAAGGCUGAUUUUAAAACUUUAGCUCAAGUAUUGUCUGGUAAACCCGAAAGUCAUUUACACAAUCCUUCAUUUGAAUUCAUUCAAUAAUCGAAAGUCAGUUUCAA